CAUAAAUCAUGACGUUGAGGAAGAGACAGCGUGAGUAGAGAGCAAAGAAGCUAUAAAAACCCUUAAGUUCUAGUCGUGUAAAUACAUCCUUCAAGUGGGACCUUGUAACCUACAGGUGUAACAAAAAUGGGAACUCCUGCUGAUGAAACCUCAAACGCCAAAGACAACGUUGGAGACGCGCUUGCAAGUGACCAAGCCAUCGAGCAGCUGGAUGGCUUACCACGCAAGAAUAAAUACGGAAAAUACAAAAAAAAUUUACAGAAGAAAAUUUUCGCCUGGACUCAUAAAAAAAGUCCCAAAAUUAGGACAGACAGCGAUUCUUCACCUCAAGCCCUGACUUAUGAGGAGUAUCUCAAAUUAGGAAGAAUUUCAGAAGCUGGCCAACAGCUCAUUAGCUUAGAAGAAAAGCUGUACUAUUGUGUGGAUGGAAGUGAAGACCAGGAAGAGGCCUUAAAAGAGGAAGAGGAGCUGAAACUAGCGUAUGAAACGUUCAGCCAAGAGCUCUGGACAACCAUUGCAGCUGGGGUCACUCUCUCGGGGGAAGAGUUGAAACGACUCGCCUCUGCCGUGCACUCAAUCGAGCAGGAGGAAGAGCGGGACAAGAAAUGUUUGGAAGAGAAAGAGAGAAACAGGAGGAUCCCGCAAUGUAGGCCGAGGGAGUGCAGGAAGAAGCUGGACACUGUCCUGCAGGAGGCCGUAGAACAGCGCAUGGAGGAGAUCCCAAAGGGCACAGAGGCAGAGAAGCUGUCCUCAAUCAAACAAGACAUAUUCAAAAUGGGGAAACGGUUGAAAGAGGACCUGAUCAGCGUCGUAAUGAAUGUUAAGGGCUGUUACCCGGAGGGAUAUGAUAUCUGCAAUGUAUACGCAAAGUUAUACCACACCGCCUUCUCCUCUCGGCUCAAGAAGAUAACAGAGUUCGGGCUGGCGCAGGAGGAUUGCUCCUAUGUGCUGGGUUGGGUCCAUAAUUAUUAUCAGAAUGACAUAUUGAAACACAGAGACUUGGAAAAAGAGAUUGAUGGCAAAUCGUUGGGCAGUCUUCUUCCUGAAGAUGUAAUUAAACAGCUGGAGUCGCAGUACGUUUCAAGCAGAGAGUGUGAAAUAAAACAAUGGCUCUCUAACGCUGUGGGAAAUGAAGUAAAAAAAUGGAUGGAAGGGGAAAUCCCAGAGCAGGUGGAUGGGUUUUAUCACAGUGAGAUAGCCAUUCAUGUGAUCCAGUGCAUCGAAAGAGCAAUGAAGGAGGCAAAGGAAGCGCUAGACGAGGAGUUUGGAAACAUGAUGCGCAUGUUCAUGUGGGCACUGCUGGAGUGUCUGGAAAGGUACAAGAAAAUGUUGGAAGAUUUUAUUAAAGCUAAGGAAAAAUGCAAGAAUUGUGCAGCUGUCAUUAAGGCAAAUAUGUUUAACUGUAAACAAUUGAGGGACUACUUUGAAAAAAUCAAUGAGUCCUUUGAGGCGGAAGAUAAAGAGAAGUGUCUGUCAAUCCUGAGUGGUCUGGAGGACACUGGCUAUAGGUAUCUGGCUGACCUCAUGCACCUGCCUCUGAAGCCCUGCUACAAAGUGCUGGUUACCUGGGAAUGGCUGACCUGUUCUAACCCUGUCAUGGAUACCAUCCUCGAUCUGGCUGAGAAACACAUUCAAGAAUUCAGGAAACUGAAGCCUUGCUGUUUCCAGGAACUGCUGAAGAGGCUGCACUUUGAGGUUAUUGCUGAAUACACCAAGAGGAUCAUGAAGAAGAAAAUCAAACUGAAAUAUGAACAGCAGCAAAAGGCAAUGGCAGAGAAGAUAUGUGACGACUCCAGGAAAAUCCAGGAACUGUUCACACGCUACGAAUCUAAAGAAGAGUGGCUGCAUCAUGUCCUCCCAAAAGUAGCUGAAGUGAUCAAGCUUCAAGACCCAAGUAUGAUUGUACUAGAAACUGCAACUCUGGUCCGAGACUACCCCGAUAUCAGCGAAAAGCACUUGUCUGCUCUGCUCUAUAUUAAAGCGAAUCUGCCCAGUAAAGAUGUUAAAAACAUUAAGAAGGUUCUGCAGAUGAAAAAGGAAGACUUGAACAGUUGCCACUCUGCAAAGCCUUUCUUUGCCCUCGUUCCAGUGCGAUAGAGAAUCGCCCUGGAGAAAAAACAGACAACAACCAGUGUUUAAGCAGUGCUCCUGUACAGCCACAUUGCAGAUUCACAAGCAUAAACAGAAUGCCUGGAACCACUCGGACACUGGUUCAAUGAAGGGCUCCUGAGCACCCACCACAUGGAAACUUAGGGAUUGUGCAUCAAGUAUUGCUGUCUUGUUAGGUGUCUUGCAAAUGAUCUCAAGAGAAUUGUCUGUAACCACUGUGAAACUUUUUGUGUAAAGGCAUCCAAAAGCAUCAAGUAAAAUUAUGUAUGUUUAAUGUAAAAUUAAUUAUUUUAUUAAUUAUUUUUCCCCUGUAGUAUUAAAGUAAAAUAUUGUCAUAGUACUAAUUUAUUAUUAUUAUUAUUAUUAUUAUUAUUAUUAUUAUUAUUAUUAUUAUUAUUAUUGUGUGGAAAAUGUGUUAAAGUGAUACAUUUAUGAGAUACGGUUACACAAUACAUAGUCUCAAGGGAGAGUUCUCCAUCCUGUGAGUACCAAUUUAGCUUGCUUUUGAUUUUUGGUUUUACGAACACUUUACAAAUUGAGCUGUUACAAGGUAUUUGUAUUUGUGCAUUAAAGUAGAAUGAAUUUUUUUGUGUGUGAAAUGGUUUCUAUUCAACCAGCUAAUAUACAGUAGCUAAAACAAACUACUGUACAUCAGAAAUAGGGUUAUAUAUGGUAUGUGCUGUUGCGUGGCUUUUACCACUAAUCACAAGGAGCUGUGUUUGCUUACAGAAUCGUGCUGCUGUAAUUAAGACAGUGGCUUCUGGCACUAAAUAUUUAUUUCUUACCAGUAUUUGUUGAAAUGUUACUUUCUUUUUUUAUAUCAAGAGCAGCAUGACAUCUGUACAACAAUGUGAAUAGGGUAGUUGUCCGGUUUUAUUUGAUUUUAAAUGUAUGCCUUGAACUCCAUACAUUGUGUAAAGAAUCUUCUUUUGUAACUGUCUUCUGGAUUUUUCAUUUUUUGUGCCAUGACUUAAUAUAUGUGUGAUUAAACAAUUACUAAAAA